AUGAAACGUUUACCACCAAAAGAGAUGGAUAACACUGAUAAUAAUGCUAAUGCUAAUGGAAAUAAUAAUAAGGAUAAUUUAGCAUACUCAACUAAUUCAGUAGAUAGCUCAAUUUCAUCUGAUCUAUCGAUACCAUCAUGGGCUGAUCCAUUGCAAAUGUUUUAUACGGGUGAAGAUCCGUUAUGUGAUUUCAUAUUGGAAGGCUUAGGACUUAGUAAUGCGGAAUUACCGCUUAUCGUUAUUUUGGAUGCAACAGUUAGCCGGAUGUGCAUUUGUGAGAAACCGGAUGUGAGUGCUGAAAUUGUUGCGGAAUUUGUGGCUGAUUAUAAGAAUGGAAAACUGAACAUGGCACCAUUACCAAGAACAUGUCAAAAUAAUGCUGAACCAAUUCGAUACGGUAAUAUCCCAGCGCAAGCUGUUCAUCAAGCAUUGGGUAUUGGUGGUUCACCAUCAGCUAAUUCAAUUUUAAAUGAAAAUCAAUCAACGAUAGCUAAUGAUCAACAGAUUCCCAUUGUUCUUUAG